GUCUCUUCCUUUACCACCGAGUCUUCGACACCUUAUCCAUCUUUCUCCAUUACACCCUUCCGUCGCGUAGGCAUGGCGCCACUUUCAGUAAUCAAGGAGAACGUGCCUCUAACUCGUCCUAGAGGCCAUGGUGGCGAGCAAGGGCCCGCUUCGAAGAAACGGAAACUAGCAUCAAGCUCUCCCUAUGGCUCCCAGCCAGCACAAUCAUCAUUCACCGAGGUACUCGAACGGAUUAAAGAGGAUAUUGGAGACACACCUAAUGCCGAAGGUGGCGCUGACUGCUGGGCAAGACCGGCUUUGCCACUCAUAAAUGAAAAGAAAGAUAAGCUGGUGUUUCAGCAAAUUGACAUCGACUCGACAAACCACGGGGGAUCCAUUUGUCUGCGCAUGUUUGGGGUCACCGAAGCUGGACAUAGUGUUCUUGCCUACGUCACUGAUUUCCUGCCCUAUUUCUACGUCGGUCAACCCCGUGGCUUUGCCGAAGACGAUCUCGAUGCCUUUGGGUCAUAUUUAAAUACACAAGUUGGCUAUGAUGUUGUCAUCAAGGUUGAAAUUAUCAAGAGGCGAAGCCUUUGGGGUUAUCGAGGUGAUGACCAGGUACCUUUCCUGAAGAUUACCAUUACCGAGCCUAGAAGUCUACCGAAAGUUCGAGGUCUCUUCGAAAAGAACAGCGUAGACUUUAAUGGUCUCUUCGUAAGAAAAGACGGUGAAGCGAUACCUACUUUUGAAAGCAACGUAGCAUAUACACUUCGGUUUAUGAUUGACACCAAGGUCGUUGGAAUGAACUGGAUCGAAGUUCCCUGUGGAAAAUACAAUAUCAUCAACAAUGAAGGAAAGAAAUCGCUUUGUCAGUUAGAGAUCAGCAUGAGGUGGAAUGCCUUCAUUUCUCAUGCACCAGAAGGCGAUUGGUCUAAGGUAGCGCCUCUUCGGAUACUCAGCUUUGAUAUAGAGUGCGCUGGUCGAAAAGGCAUUUUUCCUGAAGCCAACGUUGAUCCCGUCAUCCAGAUAGCCAACAUGGUUACUCGCCAAGGCGAAUCCAAACCCUUCAUACGAAACAUCUUCACCCUCAAUUCCUGUUCACCUAUUGUCGGCUCUCAAGUGCUCGAACAUAAAGAUGAAAGUAGCUUGUUACUGCAAUGGCGCAAGUUUGUAGAGCAAGUGGAUCCGGAUGUGGUGAUCGGGUACAAUAUUGGAGGUUUCGAUUUCCCGUAUCUGUUGGACCGAGCCAAGGCGUUGCAGUUGAAAAAUUUCCCGUUCCUGGGACGGUUGAAGUACAAUGAAACUAAAACAGUAAACACACACUUUUCUUCGAAGGCUUACGGGCAGCGCGAUUCUAAAGAUACGCCUUUGGAUGGACGUCUACAGCUCGAUGUUCUACAGUUCAUGCAGCGCGAGCACAAGCUACGUAGUUAUACCCUGAAUUCUGUCUGUGCGCAGUUUCUGGGGGAGCAAAAGGAAGAUGUACACCACUCUGUGAUCACUGAACUCCAAAAUGGUACUCCGGAAUCUCGUCGACGCCUUGCCGUCUACUGUUUAAAGGAUGCAUAUCUUCCUCAACGUCUUUUGGAUAAACUUAUGUGCUUUGUCAAUUACAUUGAAAUGUCCAGGGUGACUGGAGUCCCCUUCAACUAUCUGUUGGCUCGCGGUCAAUCUAUCAAAGUGUUGUCACAGCUGUACCGCAAAGCAAAUGAGGAGGGAUAUGUUGUCCCAGCAUUGAAAGGAGAAGGUACGGAUGACCAAUACGAGGGUGCAACGGUUAUCGAGCCGAAGAAAGGCUAUUAUGAUGCACCUAUUGCCACGCUCGACUUCAGUUCUUUGUACCCCUCAAUCAUGAUGGCUCACAACUUAUGUUAUACGACGCUGCUUGACAAGACCACCGUCGAGCGCCUCCAACUAGUUGAAGAUGUUGACUAUGUCAGGACACCUAACCAUGACCUAUUUGUCAAGUCAAGUCGACGAAAAGGUCUUCUUCCGACCGUUUUGGAAGAUCUCAUAUCAGCUCGUAAACGCGCCAAAGCGGACUUGAAAAAGGAGACAGAUCCAUUUAAACGUGCUGUGCUCGAUGGACGGCAGCUGGCCCUGAAGAUCAGCGCCAAUUCCGUCUACGGGUUUACUGGUGCCACCAUUGGGAAGCUUCCUUGCUUAGCCAUCUCGUCUAGCGUUACGUCUUAUGGUCGACAAAUGAUCGAGAAAACAAAAUCGGAGGUAGAAGCACAGUACAGUGUCGCGAAUGGUCAUUCUCACGACGCGGAGGUUAUUUACGGUGACACAGAUUCUGUCAUGGUCAAAUUUGGGCCUACCGAUCUAGUCAAAGUGAUGGAAUUAGGUGCAGAGGCUGCUGAAUUUGUCACCGCCAAAUUCAUCAAGCCUAUCAAGCUUGAGUUCGAGAAAGUAUACUUUCCUUACCUGCUCAUCAGCAAAAAGCGUUAUGCUGGUUUAUAUUGGACGCGACCAGACAAGUAUGACAAGAUGGAUUCCAAAGGUAUCGAGACUGUGCGUCGAGAUAACUGUCGCCUAGUCUCCACUGUCAUCGAGACGUGCCUCCAUAAAAUGCUUAUCGACCGUGAUGUUCGAGGUGCUGAAGAGUAUACUAAGCACACUAUAUCCGAUUUGCUUCAAAACAAAAUCGAUAUGUCGCAGUUGGUGAUCACGAAGGCACUAGCGAAAAGCGACUAUGCAGGUAAACAAGCACAUGUCGAACUGGCUGAGCGAAUGAAGCAACGAGAUGCCGGGUCUGCUCCUGCUCUGGGUGAUCGUGUGGCGUAUGUUAUCGUCAAGGGCAUCAAAGGUGCUGCGGCAUACGAGAAGUCGGAAGAUCCGCUGUACGUCCUUGACAACAACAUACCAGUUGAUACAAGAUACUAUCUGGAGAAUCAACUGUCCAAACCUCUGAUGAGAAUAUUCGAGCCCAUAUUGGGAGAGAAGGCGAAUUCAUUGCUAUCCGGAGAUCACACCAGAACCAUUCAGAUUGCGACGCCUACUGUAGGUGGAUUGAUGAAAUUCGCGGUCAAAACGGCGACUUGCUUGGGAUGUAAGACGCAACUCCGAAAAUCGAAUAGCAUAACAAACGGUGCUGUUUGCAACAAUUGCAGGCCUCGAAUAGGUGAACUAUAUCAGAAACAGGUCUCGGCGUCAUCAGAGAUGCAGGUCCGUUUCUCGCGGCUCUGGACUCAGUGCCAACGUUGUCAAGGAUCGCUUCAUCAGGAUGUGUUGUGCACGAGUAAAGACUGCCCGAUAUUCUACAUGAGAAAAAAGGCACAGAAGGAUGUAGAGGACUCCAAUUCAGUCCUAGAGAGGUUCGAAUCGGACUCUUGGUGAUUACUAUCUUGUGUUAUUUAUAUAAGUUAUCAUUACUUGGAUAUUUGAACUGUC